AUGGCGGCGGCCGACGUGGACGCGGGCUACAUCGCCGGCCACCUCGGCCUCGACCAGCCCGUCGUCACUGCCCUGACGACCGAGCCGACCGUCGACCUCGUCUCGACCCUGCUGCGCGCCGUGGCGGCCAAGGCGCACGAGUUCGACACGCUGUACGCCGACAAGCUGCAAACAGACAUCGAGCUCGAAAACGCGGUGCGGAGCGCAGAAACACGCUCCCAGACGAGCAAGGCGACGGCGGAAAAGGCACUGAAGGAUGUUGAAGAAGCCAGAAAGAGCUUGAAGGAAGAGGAGACAAAGCGGCAAACUCUGGAGAAUGAGCUUCAGUCGCUCAAGGCCAAGAACUCGGACCACGACGCCGAGGUCAAGGCGCUCAACGACAAGAUCGAAACGCUCCAGUCAUCGAACCGGACCAACUUGAGCAUCAUCGAGUCCAACAAUAAGCGGGACCAGACAAUCACCGACGAGCUCACCAAGCAACACCAGCGCAAUGUCGAGCUGUCCCGCGAAAUCACCGCCCUGCAGCAGUCGGAGCAGAACGCCAAGGGCCAACUCAACAGCGCCAAGUAUCGCGAGGAGUCACUGAAGCAACAGCUCGAGCUCGCCCGUCGCAACAGCGAGUGGCUCGAGAAUGAGCUCAAGACCAAGAGCGACGAGUCGCUCAAGUACAGGAAAGAAAAGGGUGCGCGCAUCGCUGAGCUCCAGCGUGAGAGUGAAGAUGCGCGAUCCCAGGUCGAUGCCCUCAAACGGACCGAGCAGCAGCUGCGCGAGCGUCUCGAGGCCAUGCAGGCCAAGGCCGACGAUGCCCUCGUCAAGUUGCAGAAGCAAGAGGGCGCGUUUGCCACCACGGUCGAGAGCUAUAAGCAGGAGCUCGAGGACCAGCGACGACUCGUCGACAUGUCGGACCAGCUCAGCAAGAAGCACCAAGAGCGCGUGCGCGAGCUUGAGGCCGAGAAAGAACGCCUCAAGGACAACUACGAGAACGAGAUCCGCCGGGUACGCACCGAGCUGGAACAAGAGCGACAGACCACGACGCAAAUGGAGGAGAAGAUUCAGCAGCUGGAGUCUGAGCUCGACGAGCUACACGCCCGCAUGGAUCAGCGCCCACAGCCUGGAGAGCCACCGCAAACCCCUCGGGCUAACGGCUCGCUCAUGGCUCGCGCCGCGUCGCCUUUCGGCACCCCUGGGUCCGUUCGCAGCAAGUCGGCCGUCACCGCGACGCAGGCAAUCGAACAGCUGUUCCAAGUCAAGGGACAGUUGGCCAGCGAGAGGCGACGUAACCAGCAGCUGUCCGAGGAGCUGGAUACCAUGCUCUCUGCUCUGGAGGCCAAGGCUCCUGAGAUUCAAGAGCUCCAGGCCGAGACCGAGACGCUCCGCAAUGAAAUGGCGCGCAUGUCGGAGCUGUCGCAGCAAAGCUUCGAGGAGCGCGAUGUCGCCAGAAAAGCGGCUCGCAAGGCCGAGAGCGCCCUGGCGAACACGACCUCCGAAGUCAAGAUUCUCAAGACGCAGCUGCGCGACCUGGGAACCCAGAUCCAACUUCUGGUCUUCAAUAUUUACGCGCUCGAGAAGGGCAUGGACGAGCUGACGGAGGACGAAAAGUUCCGACUUCAGCAACUCGAAAAGGGCGAAAUCACCGAGGAGGCGCUGUCCGACCUGUCUGACACGCACCAGUUUAUCACCCAGAAGCUUGUCGUGUUCAAGGACAUCAAAGCCCUUCAGACCAAGAACGAGGACCUCCUGCGCAUCACGCGCGAGUUGGCCGAGCAGAUUGAGAGCGAGGAGGCACUGGCCGCCAAGCACCAGGCUAAGCUCGACCACGAUAAUGUCGAGAAGCUGCAGCGCGAGCUCGAGCACAUGAUUGACGAGAGCAAGGCCAUCAAGAACACCAUGGAGAGUUACAAGAUGGAACGCGACAUGUUCCGUCGUAUCCUCCAGCAACGUGGCGCCGGCGGCGACGAGGCGUCCAUGAUGCGCGGCUCCCUCGACGGCAGCCAGCGGCCUCCCCUCGCUAGCAUCGAGGGAGACCAGACAGAGGCCCUCAACGAGGCACUUCGCAAGCUGCAGUCCGAGUACGACAACUACCGAAACGCCCAAGACGACGUUCGCAAGGACCUCCGCACUCAGGUGGACCGCCUCUCGUCGGAGAAGAACUCAAUGCAAACGGAGCGGGUCAAGCUCCAGGGCGACUUGCGUCUCGAGUCUGAGCGGAGAGAGAUGCUGCAGACCAACUACGUGGCCCUCCAGGGCGAGAACGUGGAGCUCCAGAAGCGUAGCCAGAGCCUUUCCGAGAUGGCGGCCAAGCAGGACAUUCGAACCCAGCAGGUCGCCGAAGAGCUCAUCGAGGCCAAGGGUCUACUCGACAGCAUGCGCAACGAGACCGCCAACCUCAAGGCCGAGAAGAAGCUUUGGAAGGAGAUCCAGGACCGAAUGAGCAAGGAGAACGAGAACCUGAUUGAGGAGAAGAACCGACUCAACAACCUUCUCGCGACGCAGCAGUCUUUGGAGAACGAGCGCAACAUUUCCGAGUCCGAAGCGCGUCGCAAGGCGCAGACCAAGAUCGAGGCUUUGGAGCGCGACUUGAGCGAGACGCAGCGCAAGCUCUCGAAUGAGUCGGAAGAGACCAAGAAGCUGCAGCUGCGCAAGGAGUUUGAAGCCAAGGAGGCCCAGAAGCGAAUUGACGAACUCAUGGCUAGCUUGAGCCAGAUUCGCGAGGACCACGUCGUCGUCAAGACCACCAGAGACCACCUCCAAGCCCGCGUCGAUGAGUUGACAGUCGAGCUUCGCAAUGCUGAGGAGCGCGUCGGUCGCCUACAGCCACGACCCACUCCCCGGCCCGGUACCACGGACAACGACGAGCGACAGCAGCAGCUCGAGGCCGAGAUCCAUGAGCUCAACAAAGACAUCUCGGAUCUGAAGCGCGACCUCGACCUUGCCAAGACGCACCUCGAGAACGCGACAGCCCAGGCGGAGCAGUACAAGGAACUCAGCCGGGAGAACGAGGAGGCGCUGGAGGACCUCCGAGGUUCUCAAGACCAGUACCGCCAGGAGAUGGAGACGCUCGUCGGCGAAAAGGACGCCAAGAUCAAGGAACUCAGCCAGCGAUUGGAAGACGUCUCCGCAGAGUUGUCGCAGACUAACAGUGAGCUGUCGACGCUGCGGGACUCUCAGGGCGAGGUUGCUCGCAAGUAUGAGGACGAAAAGACCAUUCUCGAGGAGGAGCUCCAGCGACUCAAGAACGACAGCGCCCGACACGUCGAGGCUGCCCGAUAUCAUCAGCAGGACCUGAGGGCGCAGGCCGAGAUCGCCUCCAAGGCACAGCAGGACUAUGAGCAGGAGCUCGUGAAGCACGCCGAGGCAGCCAAGCUCGUCCAGCAGCUCCGCUCCGAGUACAACGAGCUGAAGAGCCAGACGGCGACCCUCAGAGCCGAGGCGGAGUCGGCCAAGGUUGCCCUGACGCAGAGCGAAAGCUCCUGGGACGAGCGUAGGCAGCAGCUGGAGCAGGAAAUGUCCGAGCUCACGGCUCGUCGCGAGGAUGUCAACGCCCAGAACAAGCUCCUUCACCAGCAACUGGAGGGCCUCACGGCCCAGGUCGCCGCGUUGCAGCAGAGCCGCGGCGGUAACGAGAACGGCGACGAGGGCAUGUCACCAGUCCAUGUCGGCGACGCCUUGGAAGGCCUCCGCGAACUCAACAGCUACCUGCGACGCGAAAAGGAGAUUCUUGAGGUCCAGUACGACCUCAAGUCCCAGGAAUCCAAGCGACUCCAACAGCAGGUCGAGUACGUUCAGUCACAGCUCGACGAGGCACGCCUCAAGCUCGACCAGGAGCGCGUUCAAGCAGCUCAGGGCGGGCGCAACUCCAUGGCGCACCAAGACCUCAUGGAGAAGCUCAACGAGCUGAACCUGUACCGGGAGAGCAGCGCGGCAUUGCGAAACGAGAACGGCCAGCUGAAGGACCAGAUUGCCGAGAAUACGAGGAAGAUUGAGGAGAUGGAAGGUAAGGUGCAGCCUCUCGAGGCGGAAAUCGACACCUUGACCACGCAAAAGUCGUAUCUUGAGGAGGAAAUCAAGCAGAUCCAAGAGGACCGCGACCGUUGGCAGAAGCGCACCGAGGGUAUACUUACCAAGUAUGGCCGCGUCGAUCCUGCUGAGAUGGAGUCGCUCAAGAAGUCGGUCGAGGAUCUGCAGAAGGAGCGGGAUGCCCUGAAGGAGGGCGAGGGACCGCUGCAAGCCAAGGUCACCGAGCUCGAGUCAACGCUGGAGUCGGAGCGUGAGGCCUGGCAGACGACGCGUGGCAGGCUCACGGAACAGUUCAAGGAGCGGUCUCGGAAGCUCACCAGCGACAAGAACGAAAUGGUCGGCAAGGCAAACGACCUCCAGGCACAACUCGACCAAGCCAAGGGAGAGCUCGACGGAGCCCAGAAGCGCGCCGAGGAGGCCACCAACGAGAAGACUUCUCUCGAGCAGCAGGUGCAAAACUUUAAGAGACAGGUCGACGAGCUUCGGCAGCAGGGACAGCAGCCACAGGCGGCGGAGACACAAGCUGGCUCGACAGAAGUGGUCGCUCAGCUCGAACAGCAGCUUGCCGACGCUCGCAAAGAGCUGGAGGCCCUCAACGCGCAGAAGCUGGGCGCCGAGCAGCAACUCGAGAACCUCCGUGCCGAGAUGCAGACGGCCAUUGCGGAGCGUGACGAGGCCAGACAGAAGCUACAGGAGGCGCCGACACCGAUGGACGUCACCGGCACCGAGCAGGCGCCGCCCGCACCUGCCCCGGAGGCUGGGGACCAGAGCCAGAACGGCCCAUCAGGCUUGUCUGACGAGGAGAGAACGGCCCUGGAGGAGAAGCUUGCCGCGGCCGAAGCCAAGGCGGCUGAAUACGAAGAAAAGGCCAACGAGGUGGAGGCCAAAAUUGCGCAGACGGUCAAGGAGCGCUGCGACAAGAUGCGCGACACGCUCAACAACAAGCUGAGAGAGAGCCGCACCCAAACGGAGGAGAAGCUCAAGCAGAAGGAAGACGACUUUAAGCUGCGGCUGGAGCAGGAGAAGCGCAUCUGGCAGGCCGAAAACCAGGUCAGCCAGCCCGCGAACCAGACACACAACGAGCCACCGGCGACACCGGCCAAGGCCGACGCCCAGCAGCCGCCUGCCACACCCGCCACCGUCAGCGCCGCGGACCUGUCGCAACUUGACGAUGCGGGAGUGCGACAGUUCCUGUCCUCCAAUCAGACCGCUAAGAGCAUCAUCACGGCAAACAUCAAGAAGCGACUGGAAGCGGAAAGUGCCAAGAUCAAGGGUGAGACGGAGGCCAAGGUCCAGUCGGCCCGCGAGCAGGCGCAGCUCAUGGAGUCGAAGAAGUCUGCCCUUCGCAUCAGCAGGGCCGAGAAUAGGCUUAAGACGGCCGAGACGAAGCUCGGUGUUGUGGAGACGGCGGCCACGGAGACGCCCCAGAAGCCCGUCGUCGAAGUAUGGGAGGAUGUCAAGAAGGUCCAGAGCGGACCCGCGUCUACGCCCGCCGCGGCACCGGGAACACCAGCUAAGCCACCGGCCACUCCUGCUCCGCAGUCGACUCCGGCGGCCAAGCCGGCGGCGACGGCGACGCCAGCUGCAACGACACCGACCGUAUCUACCCCAGCGCCAAACACUGCAGCGGAGGCCGAGGCCAAGCCAGCGGCGCCCGCACAACCGACGGGCAGCACUCUGCCGCCAAAGCCGGCGAAUCCUUUUGCCGCCUCAACAAGCGGUCCCAAGGCGGAGGCAGCCAAUCCGUUUGCCACCAAGACAGAAGGCGUGGUGUCCUCCCAAGCGCCCGGCCAAGCCCCGACGCAGGCUCCUCAAGGCCAGCCCCAACAGCAGGGGCAGGCUCCUAAGUCGGGCAUCCCCAUGCCUCGCGGCGGCGGUCGCGGACGAGGCGGCGCAUACGUGCCGCCGGGACAGCGGACGGCAAGCGGCAACCAGGAGGGCGGCCAGGCACAGCAAGCUGGGCGCGGACGCGGCAGGGGUUUCAACCCAGGAGCAGCCGACUUCCAACCGGGAACGAAGCGCCCGAGAGGUGAUGGCGAUAGCGCCAGAGGCGCGAAGAGAGCUCGCGGGGCGCACUAG